UUCUUAUUCUUAUGUGCUCUUGUGUUAUCAUUUGCGACUACAGCCACAACUUCCUGUGAAUGCGCUCACAUGUUUCCGGAAAUCGUUCCCUACUGUUGUCAGCUGCACGGUGACAUACGGGCGGACGGGCAGCUGCAAACGGGCUGAGAUGAUGCGAGCAUUUUGUAGCAUCCUCCGGUCAAAUUGAUAGAAAAAUAAAUGCUUUUCUAGAUUCUAUAACCACCACUACCGGUUUUGAAAGCUAGAUUCUGACUUGUUGGGAAAAUGAUGGAAGAAAUUGACAGAUUUCAAGUACCAACGGUAAACGACAACGGGGAGAUGCAACCGCUGGAUCCUGCAGCUACUGUUACCGGCGAGACAGACGCGGAUACGAGAGAACCAGAGGGUGUGACCAUGAACUAUAAACCCUCCCCACUGCAGGUCAAGAUUGAGAAACAGAGGGAGUUGGCCAGAAAAGGUUCGGUCAAGAAUGGGACGGUGGGCAGUCCCGUUAAUCAACAGCCUAAGAAGAACAACGUCAUGGCCAGGACACGGCUUGUUGUGCCCAACAAGGGUUACUCCUCUCUAGACCAGAGCCCAGAUGAGAAGCCCCUGGUAGCGCUGGACACGGACAGUGAUGACGACUUUGACAUGUCCAGAUACUCCUCAUCAGGAUAUUCCUCAGCCGAGGUGAGAUGUCUGAGGGAGCAGCAAAUAAACCAGGACCUGAACAUCCAGCUGCUGAAGGAUGGCUACCGGCUGGACGAGAUCCCGGAUGACGAGGACCUGGACCUCAUCCCGCCUAAAUCCGUCAACCCCACCUGCAUGUGCUGCCAGGCCACCUCCUCCACAGCCUGCCAAAUCCAGUAGCACUCCUCCUCCUCCUCCUCCUCAAUGCCUGUCUCCUCUCGUCCUCCAGCUACUCCUCCCCCAGUUACUCCUCCCCCUACUCCCCCAUCCUCCUCCUCCUUCUCCUCCUCAAUGUCUUUUUCCUCUCCUUCUCCUCCUCCUCCUCCUCAAUGCCUGUCUCCUCUCGUCCUCCAGCUACUCCUCCCCAGCUACUCCUCCCAUCCUCCUCCUCUUCCUCCUCCUCAAUGUCUCUUUCCUCUCCUCCUCCUCAAUGUUUGUCUCCUCUUCUCCUCCUCCUUCUUCUCUCCCUCCUUCUCCUCCAUCUCCACUUCUUCCUACUCCAACACAUUUGCUCAUCUCCAAAUCCAGUAGCACUCUUUUUCAAUGUCUGUUUCUCCUCCUCCUACUCUUCCUGCUCUUCCCCCACCUCUUUCUCCCUCUCCAUUGCCUGUUCUCUCUCUUCUUCUUCUUCCUACUCCCUUUCCUCGCCCCCCUCCACAACUUUUUUUCAUUCCUCAUCCCUUUUGUCUAUCCCUCAACCCACCAUACCCUUGUCUCGGUUAUGAGACAAAUGAGGAUUUUUGAGUUCUUUAAAUGGAAUGAUGACUUAAAAUAUUGACAUGGCAAUGAGUUAAAAAAAAACAUAUUAUUGUAAUUAAUAUAAGACUAAGGGAAUACCGUGGGGAGGGGAAAUGCACAAAAAGAAAGUUCCUAACUGUCAUUGGUUCCUCCUAUGGUAGGACAUAUACUGUGUGGUUAAGUCUUUGCGUCAUCCUCAGAGUGGAGCUUGUGUUUAUAUGUUCAGACAACUUGCUUGAAUUACAAAAUUCACACAGCAAAGAGGCAGGAAAAAAAAUCAGAUAUGGAAGUGGAGUUACUAAAUGGUAAAUGUUUCACGUUGGCACACCCUUUCACUCCGCUGUCACUUGUAUUUUGGACGAUUGUGGUCAUCAUGCAUGUAAUGGUGGACAGAAGGCUUCUUCCUAACGAGUUCAAGGUGGCAUUUGUGUUCCCCGGCCAAACUGUUAUAGUGAACAGUUGUAGUGAAAGCUGUGGACAAUGUUAAUGAUGGUUUAACUUGUAUCACACAUUGUCAUAUUUAAAGGUCCAGUGUGUAAUUGUAGUAGUUACCUCCAAAAUGUAAACUGCCAAAUCACAGAUUUGAUCUUUUUCAUUACUAUUUACUGGUCUGACCAGGGGUGCGUUUCUCAAACCAUAAUUGCUAACUACGUUAGCUACAUUGUUGUUUGCAAUGCAAUUUCCCAUUGACAACUACACAAGUUGCUAACGGCUAACAACUACGCUUUCGAGAAACGCACCCCAGAGUAGGUUUUACAGCCAAAGAUGUCUAAUGGUUAUUCAACAUGGUGGAUUUGCAGAGAGAGGGUGUACUGUAGUGUAAAUUGAAUUGUACAUUUCUAAGCCUUAGUGAAUACUUGGAAAUCAAUGGUGGAUGCGCAUCAUGAAUUCUAGAAAUAAACUACUAGAAAAUUACACAGUGGACCUUUAAGAUGAUGACACUCCUAGAGAAGACACUGAAGCAGGUGACAAGCAAAAGGACAGGUCUUAUUUAAGCGCACUAUGGUUCACUUUCCCCAUCAGUCUCUCUCUGUUGUGACAUUGUUUACAUUGUUUACCCUUUUAUUUGCAUAGUCUUAGAAUCACAUUUUCCCCUAAAUUGAGGCGGAAAAUAUAUUUUGGAGUGCAUGUGUCAAGACGUGGGACAAAUAUUUGUGCUUUUCAUUAUUAUGUUACAUUAUUAUCGUUUUGGGUAGAAAAUAUCACUGUCUUUUACUAGUUACUAGAUAAACUAGUACAGCCAGAAUCAUUUGACAACAUUAGCAGACAGUAAAGCUCUCUGUGUCAUCAAAAUGGCUACCAGACCUGAUAUUGAAGAACAUGCUAAAACUCUUUUAGCAGUUUCCCAAUCCCUUCUGAUAUUUGACAGACUUGGGUUGUUUGUGUUCAUCAAGUCAUUCUGGUCAUUCAAUGAAGAGAGGCACUACUGAAUUUGUUCACUUUGUCCUUUUUAAAAAAUAGAAUACUUGUUUUAUUAUUCCCAAUCCUUGCUUGCAUUGCCUGUGGAUAGUUUCAUGUGUAUGGCCACUGCACUGUAGUGUGUCAAGGCAGGGUAAAUAGGGAAUAUCAUGUUAGAAAGAUCAGCUUUUUAUCAUUAAUGUUGUGCGACCUUAAAACACAUCCUUACUGACUGCAUACAGUAAGCUCCUGUUGACUGCCGCCUGUGUUUGACUCAUAUCAAACUUUUAUGUGUGCCAAACCGAAAAAUGAAAUGCUGGCAUGCUAGAAAUGUGUUGCCAGACCUUAACUUUAUAUCCUGGGAUAUAAUUUUGCAUAGCUGCCACAAUGAAUUAUGCUAAAAUGCAACAUUGUACACAAACAUGUUUUCUUGUUCCCUCGUGUCCGAACACGCAUGACUUGUUUCUUUACUUUUUAACCAAAGACAGAAGCAUAAGUCUGAAUCCUCAAAUCCUAACGUCCCAUAUAGGCUACUGUAUGUAAUGAUGUUGGUUUGUGUGUCGUUUAAUAUUGCUACACAGGCACUGUGCCCUGAAAUGAUAUAAGUAUGCUCACAGUCCCCAGUUAACUCACCUAAACAGUUUGAACCUAGCAGAGACCUCCAAUCUUCAAAAUAUAAAGCUAAAAUGGCAAUACCCCAGAUUGUGCCGUUAGCAGGGAUGGUUUAACGACUUGUUCUACUUAGUUCUACUUAACAAGUCAAGAAACUCAAGAGUCUGUCAGUGUGUGUCCAGCUAUAGACAUCUGUUGUCAACAGGAGUAAUUGGGUGUUCUGCGGCAGUGUAACGCUGCCUCACAUACACAGCACUACAGCAUAAGGUACAACUCUUCAUAGUAUGCCACAGCUCUAAUUUUCUCUCAAAACACUGAAAUGUACACUACUAUGCCAAACCUGAAGUAUAACCCAUUAAACUAGAUGACCAGAUCUAAAUAAAGCCAGGGUGCGUUCCACAGGAAUUUAUUUUCGUAUUUAACAGGCCAUUUUCCCAUUAAGUUGUGUGAAUGGUAGUAGCAUUAAGGGAAUGUAUUGUUUGUUUGUUUUUAAUUAUUAUUAUUUUGUUUCAUUUUUGCAUCAAGUGACAGGGUGUUUGACUAUUUGCCUUUUUGUUGUGCAUGUAGGGAGUUUUGUCCGAGGUUUGACCUUUUCCUCUUGGCGUUUGUCAUAAUGGAAGCCAGAUGUACUGUAUGGCCAGUAUAUUCAUGUUCAUGGAGGCCCAAGUGCAGCUCAAACCCAGUUGGUGCAUCAUGUGUGUUUACCAUUGGCUAAUGUUGUCAGACUCAAAACGCCAGUGUGUGGCUGGGUAGUACUUGUCACAAUAUCUCAAUCCCCCAGCUCUGAUCAAAAAUGGGUCUCGUUAGAUCUUUUGGGUUUUAUUUAUUUAUUCUUGCUUUGUUUUGGGUGGAUGGAAUGAAUUAUGAAAUUCCAACACUUUUUCCAUGUUUGGCUAUACACAAAUUUACGAAAUAAGGCUGUAUGCAGAAUGUUAAAUCUGUGUUGCAGCCAAUGAGACACUGGACAAAUCACACACAGUAGUUCGCUCCUUGCGCUUUUGACCAAUUUUGAUGCGAACUGGUCUUGCAACCUCAACACGUCUAUCACAUUAAAAUAGUUUGUUUGCUGCUGUAGCUGUCUUUGUAGGCACCAAGCAGUAUACCAGGAGAAGACGGUGUUGUCCAUUGGACAUGUUGGGACAUAUAGGACGUUUGGAAACCAGCCAGUGUAAGAAACCUCAAUUCUGUAUCUUUUGCCUGUGUGACUACAUACGAUGGAAUGCUUUUUUUCUUGUUGUACAUAAUCCUGACAUCCCUCAGUCGCACUACCCCAUCUUUCACUCGGGAUAUGUUUGUUAUUAAUGAUGUAAGGAAAGGGAUCUCCUGAGGAAUAAUAGGAAAUAAAGGAAGAAUAAAGAGCAUGGUCCGUUUUGUUGUACUGGCGCACUGUUUGGUCUGAGAAUGCAUUAUAGUGUGAGAAUGAUAACUGAAACUGCCCUCUCUGUUUUGCGCUGUUAGUAGGUUUUUUAUUUUAUUUUAUUUUUUACUGUCACCAUUUUAUGUAAUCUCAAACUUAACAAUUACAAAGAAGGAAUGAACACUCCUCUUGCCCCAAGUAACCCUGUCCUACUUUAGCCAUGUCACACUCACAGUAUAACUCUUGAGUUUGCUGGUUAAGAAAAAUGCCUUAAGUACAGCUCUGUUGUGGGUGUCUAUUUUACCAGUGUUUUUUUUUGGUUUGAUUUAAUUUAUUUAAACAGUGUGAGAGUAGUAUAUUUUUCUUUUUUUGUUUGUUUUGUUUAACAUAGGUCUACAACUAUCGUUUUAUUCUGCAGAUACAUUGAUCAUGAUUGUAAAGAUGUGAACAACUUCCAUACCAGUAUUUAACAGAUGUUACUGUUCUGUGUAGUGUAUCAUAUCAAUAAAAAUGGAAUAUGUGACUUCA